CUGAGGGUUUCUCACCCGGCCACCACAAAGUUCUCGACCAACCGAGAAAUUUGAGAAAUUUUCUAGAACUCCUGAAUACAUCUCCUCCCAAAAGGAAGCUCGCCAUCUCAAAGCACCCACAUACAUAGACCGACGACAACCCCAGACGACUGCAAGCGCAAACUGAAUUUUCGACGAGCCUCAUCCGGAUUGCAACUGUUGACAAACAAAUCAGAUGGUUUCUAAUUCCAAGGUCUUGCUCUCCGAAAUCCCAACGCUCACCUUCUUCGACGGUGAGAAGACAAACUUUCGUCGGACCUCGCCAGUCGAUCAACUGGUCUGUCAAGGACCCGGGUGCAACAUCUUUCGGCCUGAUGUCAUCCAGUGCUACAAUAAAGGCGGUUCGGGAACUGAUGUCAAUUGGAAAUGCGAGGCCGACCUUCCGGCCAAACUGAAACUUGGUCGAGUUGAAGUGGGAUGUGAAGGAUGGUCGAACGCAAACGAUCCACACGUACUCAAAGGCUCAUGCGCUUUGACUUAUACCCUCAAGUUCGAUGCCUCUUCAAAAUACGACUCUUCACACAAUGAUGGAUUGACAGAUACGGCUUGGUUCUUCUGGUUGAUCAUCAUCGGAGUCACCAUCUUCAUCAUAUACCCCUUUCUCCGUUCCCUUCUCGUGCGCUUUCUACCUACGCUCGAUCCCGUCUUACCAGGAUCAUCAUCGGGAGGUGGUGGGGGUGGCGGCGGCGGUGGUGGUUGGGGUGGAGGCGGUGGCCCUGGUCCACGUUUCUGGGGUGGAG